AUGACAAGGACUCGGCCACGCAAGAAGCGCGCCCUAGACGACGACGACGACGCUCAGUCUAGCCGACCAAACGAUCGCGCAAACACGGGCUCUUACAGGCCGCAGCCCUUCGUGUACUCGUCUGAUCAUCUUAGCCUCAGUCUACCUCUCAGGCCCGCAGCAGGAUUGCCUUAUGUGCCUCCAAUAGCUUUCACUCACACGACUGCAGCAAGUGUGCCAUACAACCCUCCUGCGGAGUCAUCUCGCAAGUCUGCAACAGGACCACCCCGAAAGCUUGCAUCGGUAUACCAGUUGCCCAGUGAAGCAGACGCAGUGGAAGACUCUGAUGGGGAGAUAAGGUGGCGUGUACCAAAUUCGGCAGCGGUUCGGAAGGAGACGUUCGCGAGUUCGUCUCACCAAGAUUCGACAAACGAAGAGGCUAAGGACAAGAAGUGUGGUACAGUCAACAAAGACAGAAAGAGCAAGAAGCAGGGUCUUAUGAACGUAGACAGUAAGAACAAGAAGUGGGGUUCAAUGAACGAAGAGAGCAAGGACAAUAAGGAACGUUGGGUCGCAAAAUCAAGUCCGAGGCCUCCACCUGUCAUGUUCACUGUAUCUGAGGCCUUUGCUGCGCUCAAGCAUGGCCCAAAACCUGUCCUGUACGAGCUUCCAGAUGGCAAACGCUUGUCAUACUCUACCAUAGGGUCUUAUCACUUAGGUGCCAUGCGUUACGGUGCUGACGGUACUCCUGUGGAGAAUCCAGCCCAUAAGGACCAUCUGGCCUUCAAGCCCACCAGCUGGCAUGAUAUUCGACGCGACCCUACCGAUGACUCCAGGUAUGGUGGCUGA